CACCAGUGAGGUCAACAGAGAAGAAAAUGAAACUUGGCUUCUAUGCUUUUAACUCCAUGCCCUAGCUCAAGAAGCUCGGCAUUUUUCACCCAAAAAACUGAGAGGGAAUCUACUGAUGCUGGUUUCUCUUUUCUACUCGAAAUUGACAUCCUUGUAUUCGUUGAGAGAAAGGAUUCGUCUUCAUUCCCUCUCAUAUCACUGUAGCGUCCCCAUGGACGCUGACGAAGAGGAAGUGACAAGGUGCUUUGCCAUGAAAACAUAACUCCCACAACUUGUCCGCAACUCUUCCUGCUGGGAAGCCAUGGGCUGCGUCUGCGCCAAACCUGUCCCUAUUGAGGAUAGCAGGGAGAGCCCGAAGGCGCGGCAGGUCGCACAAUCCGUUGCGCCUGCGCAGGGGAUCGCGCCGGCAAAGCUUUCAGCAUCUGCAGCGGUUUCGUCUUCGAGGCGGGAUGAGUUGAUGGCCUUCCGUCUGACAUCAGCGUCCAUAGCCGAGAGGAAACAGGGGAGCCGGCCGGUCAGUCUUAUCGACCGGGAUGCGGAGAUGAGGACGGAAAGACAAGUCCAUCCAAAUCAUCAGCAGUUGCGGUUGAUCGGCAGCAUUGCAAAAGCGGGGGAAGGGGAUCAGGUCGCUGCUGGGUGGCCGGCCUGGCUUGUAGCCGUUGCGGGAGAGGCAAUUCGUGGCUGGGUCCCUCGCCGGGCCGAUUCAUUUGAGAAGCUCGACAAAAUAGGUCAAGGAACAUACAGUAGUGUUUACAGGGCUCGUGACCUUGGUAAUGGAAAAAUAGUUGCUCUAAAGAAAGUUAGGUUUGAUAGCCUGGAGCCUGAAAGUGUACGCUUCAUGGCGCGGGAGAUACACAUUCUGCGAAGACUUGACCAUCCCAAUAUAAUAAAGCUAGAAGGUUUGGUAACAUCACGCAUGUCUUGCAGUCUCUACCUUGUUUUUGAGUACAUGGAGCAUGAUCUUGCCGGGCUUGCUUCUUAUCCUGGUAUAAAAUUCACAGAACCACAGGUCAAGUGUUAUAUGCAUCAGUUAUUGUGUGGUCUUGAUCAUUGUCAUACCCAUGGUGUUCUGCAUCGAGACAUAAAGGGUUCCAACCUUUUGAUUGACAAUAAUGGCAUUUUAAAAAUAGCAGAUUUUGGCCUGGCAAGUUUCUUUGAUCCUGAACAACAACAACCAUUAACAAGUCGUGUGGUCACUCUAUGGUACAGGCCACCAGAGCUUUUACUUGGUGCUACUACCUAUGAUGUAGCUGUUGACUUAUGGAGUACCGGUUGCAUUCUUGCUGAGCUUUAUGCAGGCAAACCUAUAAUGCCUGGAAGGACAGAGGCAAGGUGCUUCUGGAGGGAAGUUGCAAAGGUUAGACCUGGAAAGGGGAGGACUUCGAGAAUCACGAGCUGUUCCUGCACCAGAUGCCAAUGCUGAGUUAUCUGUUUCGGUAAAGAAAUGGAAAAAUCAGGGUAAUUCUAUAAGCAGGAGUGAGAAAUUCAAUCCACAUCAGGAGGAAGUUGCCUCUGGAUUUCCAAUUGAACCACCAAGGCCAACCCGCAACCUGGAAGCAACUGAACUUUCUCAUGGUCAUUAUUCUCAGAAAUCUUCCCAUUCAGGGCCUUUAGUUAAUCGGGGACAGUGGGCUACAGCUAGGAAAAAUGAUGAUGCUGCUUUGAAGCUGUCAUCUGCAGCCAAUUUAUCAUCUCUAUCUGGAUUAGUGGCUGCAAGGAGGAAUGCUUUUUUAGAUGCAAGUGAACGAAAUAGUUCUCAGCUAGAAAAUACUGGUGCCUCUGGCAGAUUAUCCGAAUCUGGAAAUGAGCGCUUAGAAAGAAGAUAUGAUCAAUUGUAUCAUGGAGUGUCUCAGAGGAAGGAAGAUGAAAGUGACAGCUACAUGAACCAGUCUCUACACCCAGGUUUCGGUCCAAAGGGUAACAAAAUACACUACUCAGGACCAUUGCCGCGCCCAUCUGGAAAUGUAGACCAGAUGCUUAAGGAUCAUGACCGACAAAUCCAGGAGGUAGUACGGCGUGCGAGGAUCGACAGGUCGAAGGCUAGGAAAAAUCAGGGUGAAGGCAAUCUGGCUGGGCCCAGCAUCAAGCCAUACAACCUGGGCGUCAUUCCUGUGUAUCCCUCCAGCCGUAGCUCAGUUAUGGUGUUCACUUCAAGUCGUGGAUCUAUACAGCAGUAAGUUCUUUUGAGCAAUUUGCUGUUCUUGUGAGUUAUGAUGUAUCUCAUGAUUUCAAAUUUUUAUUUUUUUGGGUGUGAAUUGGGAGGGAAGUUAGUGUUGAUAUAUAGAGAUCUUUGUAAUGUCGUUUAGCAAGCACAAUUGUUUGAGGUAAAUUUAAAUUAUAAUUUUGGAAAGAUUUGCAGCCACUUCAUUGUAGUGACGCUGCUUUAACCAGUGGAUGAUCUGUUCUGGGUUUGAUGUCA